AUGGCAUUCCGUAGCCUAUCUCAGAAAAUUAUCGCUACAUCUUUCGUGGCUGCAGUCACCGCAGGCGGCGUCUACAGCUUCACAGUCUCAAGGCGUGUUUCUUUGGUUGAUAAGAAUCUCAUCACUCGUUCUGAAAAUAUACCAGAGUCUUUCAUAUCGUCAAAGUCUGCUGGAGAGAUUCUCAAUGCUAAAAAGCAUGUCUAUCACUCUGACUGGCGUUUCAUCACACUCGAUAUACCCCCAGAAUACGAAGAGGUCUCUGAUCAAGUUUUGUUGGCCAAAUUUGUCAAGGGAUUUUUUGGAGGAGCUGUCUUGAGGCCUGAGCGAUUGAUUCUGCAGACAGUUGGACUAGACCUUGUUCGUUUUUCAAGCAAGUCUCUUGAAGUCAUUUGCUCUUGA